AUGGAGCGAAUGAAGGCGGGCCAGAAGACUUUUAAAAAGCAACUGGCGGUCAUGGGCAUGGAAAUGGCGGAUCUUUCAACAUCCAAGGUGCCCAAGGUGGAAGCUGACCCAGAAGAACGUCAAAAUGCUACAGAAGACGACGUGGACAGCGUUGAGGAGGACGAAAAUGCCGAUGAUAAAGUCUUCUUCGAAAUUAUUGAGCCGGAGCUCACCACUGGAGAAGGGAACCAAAUUGCGCGAUUCGCGGAAGAUUAUGAAGCGGGUGUGAAUGAAGGAAUUGACGACCUGCAAACUUUCCUCGAACUAGACAGCGGUGAUUUUGCACGUCUUAAGCUUUGCACCAAGGUCAUCAAGUUCAUCCAACGUGUGCAGAAGGAAUUUUACGAUGAUCCAGUACUUGAAGAAAGACUUGAGGAGUGUGACGAGGAUGUUCUAGAUGAAGUUCCAAGCGCUGUAGAAGAACCUGACGAGACACAGUACGAGGAAACAACGCCGGAUGGUAGUAAUGACUACCGAGGAAUUGUUCUACAAACAAUCAUUGACGUAAACGUUAUUUUCAAACGCACUUCAAAUGGUAGAGAAAUCAUCGAGCUACUAAAGGAAGGACUCAAACCGAAUGACAGCUGUAUGAGUGCAAUUAAACGGAUUCUAUGUGAUUACCUUAAAUCAGCAUUUGGAUUGCGUCCGUCGGCUUACCACAAAAACUUGCUCGCUAAGAGUCUUGUCCACACUUAUCCGGCACUGUCGUCAACAACAUUGGAUGUGCCGCAAGCUUUGUGGUUCCAUCCCAAUGGCCGGGGUAAACAUCGCCACAGUGGACGCUUGCAUUACCAUAUGGAAUACUUAGCAAGGACCUCAGGCAAUCGUAUCAUCAACCGACGUAAACUGCAAGUCGAGGAGAUCAAAAUUGAAGAAAAUGAUUCAGGAAUAUGUUCAGCACAAGACAUUGACCUGGACGCAGUGACUCAAGAACUAAAAUUCCUUUGUCCAGGACCAAAUACGAAACUACGCGCAGAAGAACUUUGGCAUCUAACCUUCCAUGAACGUCAGGAUUUACGCCUAAAAAAAACAUUCUUCACCUAUCUCGAGACGUAUCCGGUUGCAACCGCAUUUAAUGGUUGUAUGAUUUUGUUGGAAUUUCGUACAAUGCAUCCGAACGCACCUGACUUCACAAAAAAACUGAUUUGCAACCAAAAUUUAUAUCGCGCUAUUGCGAGCUCUUCAAAUACGUGAAAGAUGGUAAAAUGAAAUUAAUUGGAAUCUGAUGACAAAUAAUUUCACCUACAAUAACAUUUUUCGAUUUUAUUCGAAUGCUCAUGAUCGUGCGGCAGAAAAGUCCAAGCCGUGGAGCAAAGCGAACUCGAGAUGCAGAUUCAACGAAAGAUAACAUUCUGAAGGGAAUUGUAGAAUGGAUUAAGGUAUGUGUUUAUUUUUUCUUAUGAUAGCCCAAAUUAUUUAAUGAAAUUAUUUAGCGAGUCAAUUGGCCAAACUUAAAUAGUCCUUUGUGAUUGCUUGAUGAUUAUUGCCAUUUCACUAUCGGGUAAUCUAGUAUCGAGCUUAUUUUUUACAAUUGUUUUUUGCAUUACAGCCUGAAGAUCAGUAUCCGGAAUCGAAUGAGGUGCCGAUGCUUUACAUCAAGGGAAACUUUCUGGUGGAUCAACCGCUGCCAUUACAUGGAAACAACAUAAGAUUUUAAUGGAAUCAGACCUUAAACAUUGCUUCCGUGUGCUUUGUGAAUCUAUGAUAGUAUUCAACACUAGUUGUCAGCCUACAGAUAAGCAGUUCUAUGCGUUCAUUUCCAAUGCUCUUCUAGGAGUAGGUCAAUUAACUACGACAGGUGAACGUCUCAUGCAAAGUAUUGCUUAAUUUUGUUCUAUUUGAUUCACGUUCGCCUUCAAAAGGCUUUUAUUUCUAACGUAUUAAACAUAAUACGUUACCCCCGACAUUAAAAUGUUCGUUUUAAGUUGAAGCAUUAUCAAUAAAUAAAAGAUCUGAUUAACUAAACAGAACUGUAAUUAUUUAAUCUUGAAGCCACUGAUGUAAUGU